CUGUAAGAACUUCUUGUUUAUUUGAUUUUAGUGAUUGUAGUGAUGGAGACGUCUGCCUUGAAUCUGGCACAUGAAAAACAGAGAAGAGCAGAAGCAUUGUUGCGUGAGGGGAAGUUUGAGGAAGCAGCCAAGUGUCAUGAGACUGUAGCUGAUCUUCUAGCAGAGGCUCAUGAGCAACUUGAAUCCAGUCUUAUUCAUGUGCAUGCUACUUUAUCUUCUCAAGAUACAUCAAAAUUUUUGACACCUGUUCAUUCACUUGUCACAUUGGAAUCCCUCAGUCUACAACGAGAUCAUCAUAAGAGACAAGCAGCUGUUGUCAGAAUGAAGCAGGCACAGUAUGAGGAAUACAAAACAACCUUAGAAAAUCAUCAGAAGGAUCUUCUCAAUAAACACGCGGCUAGAUAUAGUGAAAAAGAUAAUUGUGCGGAUAUAAGAAUUGACAAGUAUGAUGGUUCUUUACGUCAGGCUAUAUAUAAAACUAUCGACGAACAAGAUAGUCUUCUAAGUUUGAUAGAUAUCAAGUUGCCAUUGUCUAGUGCUGAAGAAAAAAGUUUCAAACAUCCAAAAGACACAGGCACUGUUAUAGAAGAGCUCAGGACUGUUAACAGCCAAUUACGAUCUCUCGUAGGUAGCUUGCUUAGUCAACUAGAAGCAAAGGAAGAAGAAGUACGUCAAUUGACAGAACGUCUUUACGCAGUUUCUGUCAAUUCUAGUGAUGAUAUCAGAUCAGAAGAACAUCCUCUAUGUCCUCUUGAUCCUUUACCUCAGUUGACACCUCUUGAAAUGCCACUUUUCGAUUUUACAUCUACAUAAAAUACAAACUUUUUAUAUCUAAAAUACGCUUCAUAAAUUUUCACGA